ACUCCUUUCCCACUCCUCUGACGCUUAAAUUCUCCUCCUCACUAUCUCUCUCUGACAUUUCAUCGAACACUUUUUCUCCCAAAUGGCUGAAAACCAUGGCGAACGCGCGCGAUUCCCAAACGACAAUAUCCCCAUCCGAUACGACGAUAAAGGAUACGCCAUUAGCGGCAAGAUCAUGCUGUGCGCCAUAGUCACCCUCUUCUUCGUCGUCGUCAUCAUGGUCUUUCUCCACCUCUAUGCCCGCUGGUACCUCCUCCGCUCCCGCCACCGCAACCACCGCCGUAACCGACGCCGCAACGGCAACCGCCUCGUCUUUCACGUCGACAACAACUCCGCCGCCGCCAACCGCGGCCUCGACGCCGCCGUACUCACCUCCCUUCCGGUCUUCGUCUUCAAAACCCUACCGGAAGAUUCUGAUUCCGCGGCGCCGAUUGAGUGCGCAGUUUGCUUGUCGGAGUUCGAGGACGGCGAGGCCGGCCGCCGGUUGCCGAAGUGCGGCCACUCCUUCCACACUGAUUGUAUCGACAUGUGGUUCCAUUCUCACUCCACUUGCCCUCUCUGUAGAUCUCCGGUCGAGCCGGGCGCCGAUCCCGAGAUCCGCGUCGAGAUCGGUGAAACGGAGCCCGGUCCGGAGGAGCCGAACGCGACCGGUUUGUGCUCCGAGUGCGACGGUGACGCUUCUUCUUCUUCUUCGUCGGCGAUGGAAGCUCGGAGAAAGAAGAAGCCGGUGAGCGUCUCGAUAGAGGUGCCGAGGAGGUCCGCGAGCUUCGGGAGGGAAGGGGACGACAAUUCUCCGGCCGGCCAUACGCCGUCGUUUCGGUCGCCAAUGAGCAGGAUGUUGUCGUUUAAGAGUCGUAUGUUGUCGUCGUUCCGCUCUCCUACGGCGGCGGCUACUACGUCGGCGAGUUGUAGUUCGGUCAACGAGUUGGACCUGGAACGGGGAAAGGACGGGACUCAGUGAACUCGGCGGUGACUCAAUGGGGGUGACGUGGCAUUGCGUUGUAGAGAGUGGAGCCUUUUUUUGACUCUGAAAUUCGGCGGCUUAUCUUUAUAAUUUGGCGCACACUCGUCUCUAGGGUUGAGGGCAAAUGUGGAAUUUUGAGACACGUGGCGUAAUGUGAGCGGUCAUGGAUUUGUCGCGCUGCCGUAGUAUGACUAAUUAGUUUGUUUGAUCAGCUGUACAUAAGUAUCACAUUCUUUUUUCCCCUCAAGGAAAAGAAAAAAAAAAGAAGAAAUAUCCCAUUUCAUUCAUAAUUUGUUUUUUAAAUUUAAUGAUGUAAAGAAAAGAUACCUUUCGGGUAGGGCUCUAUUAUAUGAGAAAGUCAGUUCUGUUUUUGAA